GUGGUAAGUUUUGCGGGUGCUUUUAUUUUAGGUGUGAUUAAGCAUGUUGUGCAUCUCCAUCAUAUCGAAUUUUGGCGGUGUUCUUCCGAUAAAAAAGAAUUUCAUAAUUGCAGUUCAUGAAAUGGAGAACGCAAAAAAAAAACAAAGCAAUGUCAUUGCUGUCAAACUCUGUUAUCCGGGAAUGACAGUAGCUACGCUGCGCGUGUGUGCGUAUAGAUGUGUGCGGUGGAUGGUAGUGCUCUGUUGAUGGAAUCCGUGGCCUUCCGAAAAGGUUUUCGGAUGCUCAGUCCCUCGCGGUACUUUAGCUCGUUCGUGUUGAAGAUUGGAUAAUUUGUCGCGUGAUUGUGUCAUCGUCGCUACGGCACACACGUUUUCAGCGUUCGAUGACGGUGAAACAAAGCAUUGUCGUAGCGUUUUACGUUUCGGUUCCAUUUGUGGCCGGGUGUUUGUGCUUUUGAAUGGGCAAUGCGCCUGAUCGGUGAAUCGCGCCUGCAUACCGUAACAGAACCGAACAGUAACCAUCGCGAGUGUAAUCGAGCGCCCAACGCUGGUAUGACUCUGCUGCGCUAAUUUUAUGUUACCGUAGUUGAGCAAUCCAGACGAAGAAAAACGGCAAACGUUGCUGUUGCUGCCGACGGCGGCGGUGACCCUGUUCCGUACAAAUCAAGUGUCAAAUUCUUGUUGAUACUGGAACGCAAAUCCGUGGCCGUGAUUGUUUGCGCAUUGUUUGGGGUAAAGCGCAGACUGCUUCGAUCGGCAGAAAUACACAAUAGCACAGCAGCAUAGACGCAGCAACCAAGUGCCAUGUGGUUAGUGUAGAACCGGAUAGAGCACCACCAACCAACGAGGGGCCACGCAAGAAUGCUGGAUCGAUCGAAACCCCACAAAUCUAUUCCUAGACCGGCACCAGCGAAGAGACCGACCGCAAAAGUCGGUAGUAAAACUCACCCUACCAAGAAACAGUAUAAAUCUCGGCCGACGGUCAUAGCACGACUCAGCAGCAGCAGCGAUAAGCAUCGCCCGUCGGCACGGAAUCUCGCACCCGUUAGGUUAGCGGCCGGGAGAAGGGAAGCAUCAUCCCUCGGCCAGCCCGGGAUCCAGAGCGGAAGCAGUGCGUAAGCUACUCCGGUACCCACGAGCGCUAUCGGACCAGUCACGAUAUGAUAGCUUAUCUGUCGAAAAUGCGAUCGUCCGCGUCGGAGAUGGCGGGCGGCGAAACGACCCAGUUUCUCAAACUAUCCAGUGCCGUGUUUUACGGCCUCUCGUCGUUCCUGAUCACCGUAGUCAAUAAGACCGUGCUGACCAGCAACCGGUUUCCCUCGUUCCUGGUGCUCAGUCUCGGCCAGCUGACGGCCAGCAUCGUGGUGCUGUUCGUCGCCAAGCGGCUGCAGCUAGUCAAGUAUCCCGAUUUCAACCGAGACAUCGCGCGCCGCAUAUUCCCGCUGCCGCUGAUCUAUCUCGGCAACAUGAUGUUCGGGCUCGGCGGCACCCAAGCCCUCAGCCUGCCAAUGUUUGCCGCCCUGCGGCGGUUCUCCAUCCUGCUGACGAUGCUGCUGGAGCUGCUGGUGCUCGGCAUUAGACCCACGCUCGCGGUGAAGGUGAGCGUGUUCGCCAUGGUUGGGGGCGCCCUGAUGGCCGCGCUGGACGAUCUCAGCUUCAAUCUGCAGGGCUACAUGUACGUGAUGAUCACGAACACGCUGACCGCGGCCAACGGCGUGUACAUGAAGAAGAAGCUCGACACGGCCGACAUGGGCAAGUACGGGCUGAUGUACUACAACUCGCUGUUCAUGAUACUGCCGGCCUUGGUCGGCACCUGGCUGGCCGGCGACAUCGACCGAGCGUGGCAGUACGAGGGCUGGAACGAUCCGUUCUUCGUCGUGCAGUUCCUGCUGUCCUGCGUGAUGGGCUUCAUCCUGUCGUACAGUGUGAUCCUGUGCACCCAGCACAACUCCGCCCUGACCACCACCAUCGUCGGCUGCCUGAAGAACAUCAGCGUCACGUACAUCGGGAUGUUCAUCGGGGGCGAUUACGUGUUUUCGCUGCUGAACGCGCUCGGCAUCAACAUCAGCGUGGCCGGCAGCCUGCUCUACACGUACGUCACCUUCCGGAAGAAGCCGAACGGCGGGGGAGGAAGCGGUGACGCUGCCUCGUCCGACAAGAAGCUGCUGCUGCCCGCCGCCGGAAGAAUCGAUAACGUGUGAGAGGACGCGAUGGUGGCGGUUGUGGGGGGGUCGCGCGUGUGUGUAGUAAAGCGAACAAAACCAAAGCGAGCUAACCGGGGGGCAGAUAGUGGGGCAUAUAUUUAUUAGUAAUGUCUGUACGUUGCCCCUUUCUCCCUCCCUUCGCCCACUCGCUUGCUAAGGGCAAAUGCAUUAGUUUCACAACAAAAAAAACCAGAAGGGCAUUGGAGAUGAUUUCCCCGCGGGCGUGCAAUGUGGCCAUUGAUUCAGUGCGGUAUACCAAGUGUACAGAGAGAUGAUGAUCGAUGUAGUUUUAAGCGAUAAUCACCUAAACGUUCACAAUCACACACACACGCGGCACCGGGAGUGCGCCGCGUGUCAUCGGCAGUGAUAGACACAUUUGAACAAAAACAAACGAAUAAUUCUCGUGCACCGAACUCCAACGAGGGAAAAGGAUGCCACAUUACAAUAUUCUAUUGUAUAGCAAAAAUACUGGCGCUCCUCCGCCGCCUUGUAAACGAAAAGCCACCCCUCCCGUGCGUGAGUUGAUAUUAAAAAGAAGGCAUUGCAUCGAAGGCAUGAUAAGCUGUGUAUCGUAGAUUGUUUUUAGUUUCGUCUGUGUAGUUUUAAGUUGAAGAUGUGUACAUGUACCCCGUGUAGGAGAUUUUAGUGAAGCUGAUUGAUGGAGUCGAAAUAUAUACACCACCCAAGAGAGUUGGUGGAUCGCCGUUGUGUAACAAAA